AUGAAGUUCACCCAGUCCUUGGUUUCUUUAGUCUUGGCAACAGUUGCUGUUGCCUCUCCUACUCCUACUCCUACUCUUGAGAAGCGAGCUACAACAAUCUGUGGCCAAUGGGAUACUGUUGCAACUGGCACUUAUACCGUCUUCCAAAAUCUCUGGAAUAUAACCGGUUUUACUGGCUCUCAAUGCUCAACUGUCACUUCAGACACGAGCAAUUCUCUUGUCUGGUCCACUAGUUGGUCAUGGGCAGGAGGGUCUUCCCAAGUCAAGUCUUAUGCAAAUGUAGGGCUUAAUAUGGCAGCUAAGCAGGUUUCUGCUAUCUCUACCAUCCCAACUACUUGGAAAUGGAGCUAUACUGGCACUAACAUCGUGGCUGACGUUUCCUACGAUUUGUUCUCCUCAACUACUGGUACUGGCAGCGCGAACUAUGAGAUCAUGAUCUGGCUUAGUGCUCUUGGUGGUGCAGGACCAAUUUCAGCUACCGGGUCACCCGUUGCAACCCCAACAAUCGCUGGAGUGUCAUGGAAACUCUACUCUGGACUCAACGGUGCCACCAGAGUCUAUUCCUUCGUCGCUUCCAGCACAGUCAAUAGCUUCUCUGGUGACUUGAAGACAUUCCUUACAUACUUGACCUCCAGCCAAGGAUACCCAGCCAGCCAAUAUCUCACGACGAUUCAAGCUGGUACCGAACCAUUCACUGGAAGCAAUGCUGUCUUCAAGACGACUGCCUACUCCGUAUCACUUAAAUAA